AUGGCCCUCGUGUUUGUGUUCUUGGUCCCCACGCUCUACAACUUCUACACCACUUUCAAAAUGUAUAUCAAGUACAGAAAGGGAAAGAAAGGAACCGACAUUCCGGACUACAUCGAGCACGGCAAUCUCAUCGAGGUGCCGUUGCUGCCCGACAACCCCAGCUUGGCGUCGUUCGACGAGUCGUUCAACAACUGGACGUUCGAGCCUCCGGCGCUCUUUCGAACCGCGUCCGGAACGCAGUCCGUCAACUCGAAAACUCUGCAGUUCACAGACCACCGCGUGGUGCCUGCCGUGGCGACGGGCCCGUCUACGAAACCUACGCCCAAAUCGGACUUGGCCUUCAGAGAGGCCGAUCUAUAUUAUAAUUCGUUCGGAGUCCUUGAACCCGACCCAGAAGUGAUGAAGCUCUGGAAGGAGAGAGAAAGAAAGCUGUAUCGCGCUGCGUCCAUGGACGUACAAGCACGUCUAGCAGCUCGAGUAUAA